UGCAGCCGCGGGCCUGAUUGGCUGAUGAAGGCCGGGCGCCCAGGCCGGGUUUUCCCGGGUUGGGUUGAGUUUCGGAGAGUUGAGUUAUGGCCUCUAGGAACAAGCAAUUGCGCGAACUACAGGGACAGCUGCUCCCGUCCAAGGCCCUGGUGGAGGUGGACGAGGACUGCCUGGAGGAGGAGGACGAUGACUGCCUGGCGGAGGAGGAGGACGAGCCGGUGUUUGUGGACGCCGAGGAGCUCUGCAGCGGGGGCCUCAAGGCCGGCAGCCUCCCCGGGUGCCUCUCCGUUGUAAUUUCUGAUGAAAACACUCGGAAGAAGUAUGAAGUGUCUGGACAUUUUCCAUUAACGGGUCCUUGGUGGCGAGUGAAGGUACAAGUAAAGCCUGCAGGAUCAAGGAACUAUCAGGUUCAAGGAUUUCCAUCCUACUUUUUACAGUCCGAUAUGUCACCACCAGAUCAAGAAAAUAUCUGUUCCCUCUUUCUUACGGACUGCAAGGCCCCCAGUGACACUAUAACUAAAUUUUUAGCUUGGGUAAAUGCAACAUUAGGCUAUGAAAAUCUCAACUUUGAAAAUCUUUGGGAAACGUUGAGAACUUUUGAGAAGGAAAAUAUGAAGAAUGGUAAAAAACAAUCUACACAGCAAGAGUCCCAACCAGAUAGCAAGAUGUGGCGUUCUGUGGAAAAAGCAAUUCCAUUUAGAAGUGUAAUGACAGCGUUGAAGUUUCCAAAAAUAAUGGAAUUUCUUCCAGUUCUUCUGCCUCGACACUUUAAGCAGCUCAUAAGCUCGUGUCCUAACGAGGUCUUGGGAAACAUGGAAGAGAUUUUAGGUACACAUCCAUGGAAGCUUGGAUUUAGUAAAGUCACCUACAGAGAGCUGAAGCUUUUGCAAUGUGAGGCAAGUUGGACAGCAUUUUGUCAGUUUCCGUCUCUCCUCCUCCUGAUGACUGAUGUGCAGAAGAAUGGGUUGAUAGUAUAUUCUAAGCUGAAGCAGCUGUGUAGAGAGCAUGGGCACACAUAUGUGGAAGAACCUGACUUAACUUCUCAGUUGUCAAACCAGAUGUCUUUUUAUGAUGUUUGGGAGUGUCUGAAGUUUUUGAAGGAUAUCGAUGUGGUGACCUAUAAGAAGGACCGUGUCUUUCUUUAUAACCUUUACCAGGCUGAGAAAGGCAUUGCCUCUUCUAUAGGUGACCUGAUGAAGAGGCCUCCGUGGUGUUUUCAUGUUGAUGUGAAAAAGGUGCUUGCGUCUAUUCGUACCAAAAAACCUGACAAUUCAAGAAGGGGUGAUCCAUUGAACGAAAGUAAACCCGAUGAAACAUUAGAAACUUCUGAGGCCAACACACAGGACAGUGGGGACCAUAUUUGUGAUCAUGGUGAAGAUGAAGGUAAUGCAGAAAUACCUGACGAUCAACUGGACCAGGACCAGGUGGCUGCCUUGGAGAUGGUCUGCUCCAAUGCUGUGACAGUCAUCAGUGGGAAAGGCGGUUGUGGGAAGACCACAAUUGUUAGUCAUCUUUUUAGGCAUAGAGAGCUGUUGGAAAAAAGGGAAGUAAAGAAAGCUUGUGAAGACUUUGAACAAGACCAGGACGUACCAGAAGAGUGGAUUACCUAUACCGAGCAAAGUCUGCCAAAGGCAGACAGGGGUAUAGAAGUUUUACUUACGGCACCUACAGGGAAAGCCGCUGGCCUACUGAGACAGAAGACUGGUUUUCACGCUUUUACACUGUGUCAGGUCAGUUACAGCUUCUAUUUUUGGAAGAAAACAAUGGACAAGGCGAACAGCGAGAAUAAUAGUCCAUGGAGAUUUUCUUCAGUGAGAGUUCUGGUUGUGGAUGAAGGGAGUUUGGUAUCUGUAGUAAUCUUCAGAUCUGUUUUAAAUUUAUUGCUUGAGCAUUCCAAUCUUUCUAAGCUUAUUAUCCUUGGUGAUAUUAGACAGUUACCCAGCAUUGAACCUGGCAACUUACUGCAAGAUCUUUUUGAUACUCUUAAGUCAAGGAAUUGUGCUAUUGAACUAAAGACAAACCAUAGAACAGAAUCUGAGCUAAUUGUGGACAAUGCUACAAGAAUCUCAAAACGCCAAUUUCCAAAAUUUGAUGCGGAGCUGAGUAUCUCAGAUGAUCCAACAAUCCCUGUCUCACUACAAGAUAAAACGUUUAUUUUUGUGAGACUCCCAGAAGAGGAUGGCAGUUCUCAGUCAUCGAAAAGUAAUCACCACUCUCAUUUAUAUUCUGCUGUUGAAACUUUACUCAAAGAAAAGGACCUAGAGAGUGCAGAAACAUCACAAUUUAUUGCAUUUAGAAGGCAAGAUUGUGAUGUCAUCAACGACUGCUGUUGCAAGCACUACACAGGCCUCCGACACAAAAACCAUAAGAAUAGACUUAUAUUUGGAGUUGGCCAUAAAAUUUGUUGUACCAGGAAUGCAUAUCUCUCGGAUUUACUGCCUGAAAAUAACUUCAACAGUCAGAAAAGUAAUGAACUAGAAGAUGGUAUGCCUCAUGGUGUUGCUAAAAAUAAGCAUGACUUUGAAAGUGGUAUUCGACUCUGCAAUGGAGAAAUAUUUUUCAUAAGACAGGAUAUCACUGAUGUAACUUUUGGAAAGAGAAGAUAUUUGACCAUUGAUAAUAUGGCUGGUUUGGAAGUAACUGUGGAUUUUAAGAAACUAAUGAAAUUUUGUCGCAUAAGACAUGCAUGGGCAAGAACCAUUCACACUUUUCAGGGGUCUGAGGAACAGACCGUCGUCUACGCGGUGGGCAAGGCGGGCCGCCAGGACUGGCAGCACGUAUACACCGCGGUGACCCGCGGCCGCAGCAGAGUGUACGUCAUUGCAGAAGAGGCUCAUCUCCGGAGCGCCAUUUCCAGGAACAACGUCCGCAGAAAAACUCGUUUAAAACAUUUUCUGCAAGACCAGCUCUCCUCAAGCUCUGCGUCUCCGGCGGAGGGUGCAUCCCCGUCCAAGGGCCCCGAGGACAGCAGAGGCGCCAGCACACCGCCGCCAGCAUCCCCGUUCCCCGCAGCCGCCGCUCACUCGGUGACCGAUGAUGGCCAGGCCUCUGCGGCUGCGUUCCAGGCGUUCGCCUGCCCUGGCGGGUGGAGAGGACCUUUCCCUGGUGAAGUGAAUGCAGGCGAAGAUCCAUCCCAACCGCGAGGGUCCAAAAGAACCUGUGCCAUGGCUGAUGAGAGUCCCAGCAAAGUCCGCAUGGUUUCAGCUGUCACCUUUGCACUGAUGAUUUGUCAACCAAUAGUCUCAACUGUCCACUGCAUUCCAGGUGUUGGGGACUCAGUGAUGGAAGAAUCAUCUCCACAAGUGUCUUCCAGACUUCAGAAUUUGAAACUAAAUAAUUUAACCCCCAGGCGACUUUUCAAACCCGCAGAUAAUCAAGAAACUUAAUUUUAUUUUGGAUUGCUCAUAAUCAUUUGUCUAUUUUUUUCCCAUUCAACACAAAAUGAACAUCAUCACUUCAAUGUAUCAAGAUAAAAGAGGAUGUCUAUAACCGGAGUUCUCUUUUAAGGUGUUUGUGCUAGCAGGUGUUUUAAAUUCAUUUGAUCAAAGAAAACCUUAAUGAUUUCAGUACCUGUCAUCACGAGAACUGAUAGCAGUGGACAUAAAUGAGGGAAAAUGAUGUCAUAUAUAUUUUUAAAACUCUGUACUUUCAAAAGUGUUUUAUUUUAGGAUAGUGCCUUAUUGACUUCCACGAUCAUUGUGCGUGAUCCUCGCCCACGGAUGAAGCAGUCGUAUAGAUACACGGCAGCUGCAUCUUACCGCCCCAGUUCCAGGACGGCGUGUCUGCCGCAAAGUGGUCGCCCUCCAGGCUGCGCUGGCUCCGCCUCACCGGGGCUUCCUCCUGGAAACCCCUUUUGAGUUGGGAGCACACUGGUUUUUAUUUUCUUAAUUUGAGAUACAGUGGAUGUGUAGCAUGGUCUAAGCUUAAGGUGUACAAUGUGUUGAUUUGAUACUUACAUUUUGCAAUAUGAUUACCACUAUAGCAUUAACUAACGCCUCUAUCAUGUCACAUAAUUAUCAUUUUUGGGAGGAGCACAUUGUUUUGAAGACACUCUACUUUGGAAAAAAUUUUUCUUUUUCUAGAGUUUUAUUUAUUGUUAAAUAGUAAAAUGAAUAGUUAAGAUUUACAUAUUAUCCCAGUGUUUUAAAAAUAGCCUUAUUGAGAUAAAAGUCACCUACAAAUCACCCAUUUACAGAGUUGAGUGGCUGUUAGUAUAUUCGCAGUUGUGCUACCAACACCACAAUCAGUUUUAGAAUAUUUUAAUAUAAUCUCCCAAAGAAGUCUUAUACCUCUUAGCUCUAAUACCCUCAUCCCCUCCAGCCCUAGGCAACUGCUAAUCUAUUUGAUCUCUACAAUAGGCUCUUUUUACUUCUUUGAUUUGCAUAAUAUUUUCAGACUUUAUAUUGUACCAUGUAUCUAUCAAUGUGUUUCAUCUCUCUUUUUAAAAAAGGGAUAAAAACAAUUAUGUAUAAAAA